UCAGCGGUGGGCCCGUGUACCUUAAUCAAUUUCCGGUGAUAAGCAAUCUGUAAAUCUUUUGUAAAAACUCGGUACGUGUAGCAUUACUGGGUUUCCAUCGCAGACUCCGCCGGAAUACUGGACACCGGAGCCGCCGGGGGCAGCGUACGUACGUGGCAUGCUGCCCUUCCUUCUCCUCCCCGUCGCUGUCGCCGCAAAAUUUCAGCACUAGCGGCUGCAGCUGAUAAGAACAGUCCAACAGCCAUUGCCGAUCGCACUCACUCGCACCACCAACUAUCCAUGUCGCACCCACGGCCAUCGCCACCAACCAUGUCGGCCGCCUACGACCGCACGGCCGAGCUCCGCGCGCUGGACGCCACCUUCGCCGGCGUGCACGGCCUCGUCGCCUCCGGCGUCACCCGCGUCCCCCGCAUCUUCCGCGUCCCCGACGACGCCCACGAGCCCACCGGCGGCCGGCAGGAACCUGCGGCCGUCCCGGUGAUCGACCUCGGCGGGGACCGCGCGGCCGUGGUGGCGGCCGUGGGGCGCGCCGCGGCCGAGUGGGGGUUCUUCCAGGUGACGGGCCACGGCGUCCCUCUUCAGGCCUGCUCCGCGGCGGUGGAGGCGGCCCGGGCGUUCCACGAGUCCCCCGGCGGCGAGGGCACCGACAAGGCGCGGCUCUACACCCGCGAUCCGGCGAUGGCCGUCAAAUACAACUGCAACUUCGACCUGCAUCAGUCCAUGGUGGCCAACUGGCGCGACACCCUCUACCUCCGCGUCGCACCCCACCCUCCCGACGCCGGCGACAUGCCGGAGUCCUGCUGCCGUGACGUGUUCCUUGACUACGCGGAGCACGUGAGGAAGCUACGGGACACGCUCUUUGCUCUGCUGUCCGAAGCACUCGGCCUCCACCCCAACCACCUCGCCGACAUGGGUUGCAACCAGGGCCAGAUGAUCCUCUGCCACUACUACCCUCCAUGCCCCGAGCCCUCCCUCGCCAUCGGCACCACCCGCCACUCCGACUCCGGCUUCCUCACGGUGCUCCUCCAAGACGGCGUCGGCGGGCUCCAGGUCCUCCACGAGAACCGGUGGGUCGACGUCACGCCAACACCAGCGGCGUUCAUCGUCAAUGUGGGCGAUCUCUUACAGAUGAUCUCGAAUGACAGGUUUACGAGCGUGGAGCACAGAGUCAUCGCGAAGAAUGAUGCACCGAGGGUCUCGAUCGCGUCUUUCCCGAGCAAUCCAAGUUCGGAGAGGAUGUAUGGCCCUAUCAAGGAGCUGUUGUCGGAGAAGAACCCGCCGUUGUAUAGGGAGACACUCGCCAGAGACUAUGUCGCGCAUUACUACUCUGUCGGAUUGGGCCCCAAGAUGGCCAUCAAUGAUUUUCGUCUUUGAAAUUGUCAGGAAAAUCCUUUAUGAUUUUUGCAAUAAUUAGACAGCAAAUUCCAAGUA